GAGCUUUGAUGUCAAAUGUCAAAGAGUAGUGUCUCCCAUCUUUUUUUUUUUUUUUUGCUGUGUCAGGUGAAGACGACGAAUGGAUAUGUAGAUUUGGUGCGAAUCCUCAAUCCUUGGGGAAACACGGAGUGGACCGGGCCCUGGAGUGACUCAAGAAGCCCAGAGUGGGGGACGGUGAGCAGCGAGGAGCAGAGACGACUCGGCAGAGUGCAGCAGGAAGACGGGGAGUUCUGGAUGUCGGUGUCAGACUUCCAGCUGAACUUUGAUCUGAUGGAGGUGUGUCACCUGACCGAGGGGCUGAGUGAGCUCGGCGCCGGCGAGGAGCCGUGGCGCUGCGUCACACAUCACGGGACCUGGGUGCCGAGCAUCACGGCAGGAGGCUCGCCUGUCAGCGGCUGGUUCUGGCAGAACCCCCAGUUCCUUUUUGUCCUGUCGGAGGUGGACCAAAACCCCACCAACAGCCAGAAGACCUGCUCCUUCAUUCUGGCCCUGAUGCAGAAAUACCAGAGGCGCAGAGGGGUCCACCUCAACAUUGGCCUGCACGUUUACCCGGCUCACCCUCAGAACACACACCUGUCACCUGACGACCUGCGUGUGCUCCACCCACUCCUCUACCAGCAGUACUCGUCACGCCGGGAGGUGGUCCUGCGCGGGUCGCUCGCUCCGGGCCGAUACGUCAUCAUCCCGUCCACCUCUGAGCUCAAUCAGCAGGGAGAGUUCCUCCUGCGGGUUCUGACGGAGCGGGGCAACAAAGCCACUCCAGCUCAGAAACCAGCUCCUCAAGACGUGUUUUCAGUAACAGAGACUUCAUUUCCUCACCAAGCUGCUCUUCCUUCUCCUAAUUCCAUCAGAAAUCUGUACAAGAAGCAUUGCAACAAGAAAGGAUUUUGCAAACCGCUGCAUCUCUAUCACCUUCUGACCGAGGCCAUCCAGCAGGGAGUGUUGGCAGGAAGUGAGAAGUUCUUGUCUCUGGAGCACUGCAAGAGUCUGGUGGUCCUGAUGGACAGCCAAGGCAUCGCUCAGCUGAACUGGCCGGAGUUCCAGACGCUGUGGGACAAAAUCAGGAGGUGGACGGACAUCUUCUUGGUGUUUGACAAGAAUAAAACUUAUCGCCUCGAGUACCAGGAAGUCUGUCCAGCUCUGGAGGCAGCAGGUAUCAAGGUGGAUGAGCUGGUGAUGCAGCUGGUGGGACUCAGAUACACAGAACCAGACAUGACCAUCAGCUACCCCGGCUUCCUGUACCUGCUGAUGAAGCUGGAGCGCAUGAUCCACAAGUUUCAGGCGUACGACAUGGUGGGACUGGGGACAGUAACCGUCAGCUACAAACAGUGGCUCCAAAUGACCAUGUACAACUGAGCCGGGCCGGUCCAGCCAUGGACUCAUGGUUUCGUGCUGCAGCCUGGAGGCAGGAGCCCUGCAGAGUCAGAGACGUAGCUUCACUCAUGGCUUUGUUUAGGUUUAAUCAAUGUUUCAAAGUAUAGAAAAAAUAAAGCUUUUUUAUGCUGAAUAUUUCCUUUGUAGCCAAACAGGAAACACCUUAAGACACUCCAGAGGUCGUUUUAUUUUAUGUUUUUCAAAAUAAAAUACAUGAACAAGCUCUGAAAUAAACUCAGGUAGUUUGUUUGUUGUGUGUUCAGCUCAACAUUUCAUCCUUUUUGUUGUUUGUUUAAUUUUCUGUCUCUUCUUUUAAUAAAGAGUUUGAAACAAUU